AUGAAAUGCAGCCUAUGCAUAGGAUGCAGCAAGGUGGCAAAAACUUCUUACUUUUGGAAGCGAGUGCAAGGUUCUGCCAAAACGAUUAAUAAGCGGAAAAAUCGUUUGCUGAGUAGCGAUGCGAUAUGGUUGGGAAUAAGGGUCUUCGGACUCCGAAAGUUGUUUAUCUAUAAUCUAGCAUCAGCAAAAAUGAAUCAUCAAAAAAAUUUACCAAAAAAGGAGUUUAACGAUAUCUAG